AUGGUUUAUGCUCAAGACGAUCCCGAGACAACGCCUCUUCUACCAGACGGGGACGAGGGGGAGACCAGCUCCAGCCUUGUCGAACUCGCUGGGCCGGGGGACCCAUUGAAUCCGCAAAAUCUUCCACAAUGGCGGAAAUGGCUCUGUGCGGCGAUCCUGGGCGCCCUAACCUUUUCAGCGACCUUUGCCAGUGCGGUUUUCACCGCCGUUACUGCAGACGUGGCUCGCGAAUUUGAAGUCGCCCCGGAAGUAGUCGCUCUGGCGACGUCACUCUUUGUCUUCGGCUUCGCAACGGGGCCCGUGAUCAUGGGACCAGCGUCGGAAUUGUAUGGUCGCAAACUACCUCUAUUCCUCGGGUAUCUGGCAUUCAUUCUGUUCCAAAUUCCAGUGGCCAUGGCGCAUGAUGUUCGGACAAUUCUCAUUUACCGCUUCCUUGGAGGCGUGGCCUCAUCGGGCUCUCCUGCCAUUGUAGGCGGGUAUCUGGCGGAUUUUCUGCGCCCGGUCGAACGUGGCGUUGCAGUCGCCAUCUUUGCUGCGACGACUCUAAUCGGUCCGUCCGUGGGCGCGAUUGUUGGUAACAUUGUAAUGCAGAGCUCCCUCGAUUGGCGCUGGACUGCAUGGUUGUCCAUGAUCAUGGCGGUGGUCUUCGGCGGAAUCGGGUGGUUGGUUGUGCCCGAGACAUACGUGCCGGUCCUCCUAAAGAGAGAGGCUCAGCGACGGCGACUUAAGACUAGGAAUUGGGCACUUCAUUCCAAAUUGGAAGAGUCUUCCGUUAGCAUAAAAGACUUUGCCGUCCGAUAUCUCACUCGCCCCUUCGUCAUGCUCGCCCAGGAACCCAUUUUGGUUCUCAUGACGCUGUACGUGUCAUUUACCUUCGGCAUGAUAUACUUCUUGUUCGUGGCCUAUUCUUUCAGUUUCAUCCGAGAGCGAGGAUUCACACCCGUCGGUGGCUCUUUGCCACUCAUUGCCGUUAUUGUUGGGAUUGUCUUCGGAGCUGUUUAUGUCUCGCGCUACACCCUCACGACUUACAGUCGAAAGUUCCGGGAACAAGGGAAACUGGUGCCCGAAGACCGUCUUCCACCGAUGAUCGUGGGCGCGGCGGUUCUUCCCUUUGGUCUUUUUUGGUUCGCCUGGACCUCUUCCCCAGCGAUCACUCCCUGGCCCCAGAUCGUGGCCGGAGUUCCUAUUGGAGCGGGCAUCCAGAUCAUUACACUCCAGUCUCUUGCUUAUGUUCUCGACAUUUACUCUGUCGACGCCAAUUCGGCCGUUUCCGGCACCGUCAUCGUCCGAUCUCUGCUCGGCGGGCUAUUUCCUCUGAUCGCUAUUCCCAUGUAUCAAAAGCUAGGGGAAAGAACAUACGAGGAUCACGGAAGCAGUACUGGAUCCACAGCAGCGUUCUUCCAGAUCAAUACUAUCCUUGUGAUCAAGAUGUCGUGGUCAGAAGCUUCUCGCGGCCGUCAUCAGAGACCACUCGGGGAAAAUGAACAAUUUAUCAAGCUGAUCGGGGAUCGCGCUCACCCGGCCGGUCGUGAGCAGUGGUCCGUCACAGCUACAGCAACAUUCAAGGCCUGCGAUGAUCGAACAGGAACUGAAUGGUCGGAGACCCUUCGCGAGGGGUGGAAGCUGCUUCGUUUUGAACAUCCCAGCAUUGCCUCGACGGUGACUGGCAACGUCCUGGAUUAUGUCACCCCCAACACGUCGAGCCUGGCAGAGUGGUUGGAUCGAACCUUCUUCGUGGUGGAAGACCCGGCGACUAGUGCAGACGAUCUGAUCGCCAGCCUCAAGCCAAGCCCCUUCGUCACUCUACACUUUCUACCCUAUCAAUGGGAGGUCGUCCUGCAUACAGCCCAUUGGCGGACGGAUGGGUAUGGUGCAUUACAGCUGCUGAAUACCUUCUUCGUCGCAGUCGCAUCAGUCGUGGAUGCAGGUCCGCCAAAAAUCUCGUGGGGGGAGGAGCUGGCUCGACUCGUUCCCAGUGUGGAAACGGCCUUGAACCUUCCCGCAUCCACGACACCCCAUGUUGAGGUAGCUGCGAGGCAAUUUCUAGCCACCGGGGCGCAUCUUCUGGGGACCGUCGGCAUCCCAUAUCGAGGAGACCUCAUGACGCGGCCAGGAGGCACUCGGAGAGUCCGCCUCCAAUUGCCCAAGGUCACGACGGAGGCCUUAGUCGCCGCCUGCCAGGCCCGUGGAAUCGGUGUCUUCUCUGCUGUCCAUGCCGCGUUAGCGGCGGUCAACUACGCGAGAGCCCCCGCGGAUGCUCGCGACAAACACUACACGAGCACCAUCCGCCUCAGCCUACGGCCAUAUCUCCAGGAGCCGUACAACACGCCUGCCCUAGCCUCCGGACUGUACACCGGAGGGUACAUGUUCAAGGUGCCAUCGACCCAAUCAUGGGCGGACAAUGCCAAACAAUAUGAGGCUGAAUACGAGCGCGGGGUGACCGAGGACUUCCUGCAGUCUCGCCGGCAGUACGCCAUCCUAGCCCUCGAGGGUCUGCGGAAGGGUAUUCCACCUCCCCCCGUGAGCAAUAUUGACAUUUCCUUUGUGGAUGGUGCAGAUCAGCUGGUCACUCCCGUCCUGGAAUCAAAGAACGUCCCAUUAGAGAUCCUGAGCCUCGGUUUCGGAGUGGAAACACUGACUCGGCAAACUUACUGUACUGCGUGGAAGUUCCGUGACCAGGUGGAGUUCAACUUGUGGUUCAACGAGGCGUACCAUGAUGCGACUACCGCGGCGGAGUUACUGGAGACUCUGCGCGAUGUUUUGGUGAAAGAAUUGCAGAUUUAG